AUAGCGGAACAUAAAGGCAUGCGCUCCGGUCUCGUGCCCAUUGUCGCUGGAUGGGUUCGUACUGGCUGCUGGAGCCUGCCUCCCUCCAAACAUGUCACCACCCUGCUCCCACGGCUAACAAUCAGGGGCCUGUUUUGCAGACCUGAAGCGGUCUAGUCUGGUCUCCACUUGGGAAAAAUAUCUCUGGCUUUGAUAAUGUGCACAGGGUCUGCCUGUGCCUGCGCGCCUAGACAAGCCAAUGUGAGUUCAGCUCUGACCUGCUCCUGACUUGGCAACUGUUCGCCGCACCGCUCAGACCGUCCUCGCCAGCCAGUCACGAUUGUGCCGCCAGUUUUCUCCUGUGUUGGUGCAGUCUGAUGGAUCAGUAUGUCUACCACUAAUAAUAUCGCCCAGGCCAGGAAACUGGUGGAACAGCUGAGGAUCGAGGCAGGGAUUGAACGCAUCAAGGUGUCUAAAGCAGCAGCGGACCUGAUGAGCUACUGUGAGCAGCACGCUCGUAGCGACCCUCUGCUGGUCGGGGUUCCCACCUCCGAAAACCCUUUCAAGGACAAGAAACCCUGCAUCAUCCUAUAGCCGCACUACAUUCCUCCUGCCCUCACACACACACGCACAUACACGCACAUACAUAAACACACAUGCACACACACACACACUCUCUCAAGCUCAAUACUUCAGCUGAUCCUUCCUGAGACAUGCAAACACACACACACACUUGAUGCAGCCCAUCGAGUGCAACACCAACACAAAGACACACUCCCAAAAAUAGCCACUCUGGAAAAGCGCCAUACCCCUGAGCCACAGCUAGGGGGCAGGUUUUCUUGUGCUCACAGUGGCUGAGAUCAGUAUAUCACUGAGUAUGAUCCAAGGUGCUUUGGUAAUAUUCAUGUAUGCUGGUAAAUUAAUUACAAGUGUCAGUUUAACUUGAAAAACAACAACAAAAAAAAGGGAUUUGGACAUUAAUAAUCGGUAGGAAACUGGGAUUUUCUCUCCUUCUUUUGUCAUGAAGUAAGGGGGCUGGGUGAAGGAUGGACAGCAGUGCCAUAGGCAAGGAGUGGGAGGAUGCAUGUGGGCAACAGAUAAAAAGGAUGGUAGGCGCUCCUGCCAGUCGUGCCAAACACGAGCUGGUGUCCCGUUAAAAGCUCAGUAAAAUGCUUUUUAUUUUUGAAAGGCUGUUAAAAAAAAAAAAAAAAAGGUCUGGGAGCUUUGCCCUCAGGCCUGCCAGUGCUAAAAUCAUGGCAGGUCGUUUUGGAGCGAGCGGCUGAAGCCUUUGCCUUUCUCGGGCUAUAGCAUGUUCCCACCCAGAACCUGUACGAACAGACCUUCUCUGCCUGUGGCCUCACUAUGGCCGUCUGCAGCCUUUGGCCAAACCUCCAGCUGUGCCAACAUGUACAGAAAGUCGUCUCUAGAUGCCGAUCUGCCGUCACCGAUUCCACGGCAGCUUCACCGCGGCUGCCGCUGGUUUAAAAAUCGAUGUCUGGGCUGACGUCAGAUCUGCACCUAUGAGGGUAACGUAGUGAACUGCUCUACACAGAACUCAAGCUAUUAACCCUGGACGUUUACUGCAUUUUUCUUAAGAGAUACCUGUUUGUGAACUCAAUGUAUGUUUUGAUAUUUUGUUGAAGCAUUACUUACUUAAAAGAUAAAACUGUACUUUUUUUUUUCUUCCAAUGUUUAGUUUUGAUGCAGGUGUCGCCCCUGGCCCAUCAGGUUUCUCUUCCUGUCUGGCAUUAAAUGCUAAUGAAAUGACAGGGGGGCCCUGGUUGUGUUCCAGGGGGUUACACCUAACCAGAUACCUGCUAGGAUCUUAAACAAAGGUUUCUACUGUACAUCAAGCCUCCCUGUGCUUUACCCUGAGAGAGGGCGAGGUCGCAGACAGACUGAGAAUCAGUCUGCGAGGACCUCAAGGCUGGAGGAGAAAAACAAAAAGUUUAAAAGUGAAGCGCCCUUUUUCCCGCCUUCUCCUGAAUCGGAAGUGAAGUGAAGAGAAAGACGGAGGCGUUUGUUUUGUUUGCCUCUGCAGUCGAGAAGAAGGAUACACUUUCGGUUUAAAUCAGAUUAUCAUAAAUACGACCUGGCUUUACCAGUCUUUAAAGUCUCUCCAGUGAGAAGAGCUCGCUUUAACGUGAGCUCAAAAAAACUGGUCGGGGACUGGACCAGAGCCAGCAAGCGUCCCUCUCCCCACCCCCCUCGGUUUUUCCACCUCUCCUCCGCAAUGCUCCUCCUCCUCCUCUCUGACAAACCAAACUUGAUUGUAAAAACUGAAGACGACAUGAUGAGAAAAAAAACAAACAAAAAAAAAACAGUGAAGUCAAGAGAAACAAACUAAAGUGUAUAAACUUUCUUUCAGACAUGUGCAGAAGUGAUAAGUUGAAGAGUAGCUGUUUUGGGUUUAUUUUCUGAGUUUCUUCUUUCUAUGGAGUCCAUGGAACCUGGUCAGUUGAGUAUUACCCUGUACAGUGUUUGUAAGAUACAAAAUCUAAAACACAGAAUCCCCCUCUCUGUGGAUGUUGGAUUUUUUUAGUACUACUUAUUCUGUUCUGUCAGUCAGGAUCAUGUCUGUCUUCAUUUACUAUCAUUUUUCUUUUCUUUUUCUUUUUUUUCGUCAUUCAGGUCUAGGAGGCCUGAGAUAGUGGAGGAUGGUUUGAACCACAGAUACACAUACAGAACGCCUGAUGAGGAUAUUAGAGUAACGCCAGAUAGACACAAAAAGCCCGGUUAGGUUUUGGAUCAUAUCCUGCUAGAGGAUGAAUCAACAUCGGACCUCAUUUCGGUGGUGAAAAACCAACCUCCUGAUCUCUCCUUUAACACCGGAGCAGACCGCAAGUUUUCCGUUGGUUUCGGUGGUCGACAGGCAGCGAGGACAACGCACACAUAACGCACACACCCCCUUCGCUCUUGCAGUUGUUUCUUUAAGGUUCGAUCGAGGAGUGGUGUGGCUCGGCAUUGAGAGCUGCUUUUGGCGGUUGCUGCUGAAAGGAAGGUGCUUUGUUGCAUAUUUACAUGUGAGCAUGUAGUUGAGGCUUUUUUGUGAGGAGAGACAUACAGUGACAGAGCAGGGUGGAGCCAUUUGGACAGAGAUUACUGCUGCUGAUGGACUGUUGGGGAGCUGAACCCACUACUCUUUCUUUUCUCUUAAUCACUAGGUCAAUAAGAGCCACCUGUGACUUCUGGGAGUCGGGGAGUUUUUUGUCUUGAGCGUGCACACCGUUUGAAAAGCAGACAGUCCGCUUGGGACAACUUGCACUUGUGUCCGUACCCUAAAUCUGUCUGCAGCCAGCCAACAAAAACUGGACUGGAAACGGCUAAAACACCCCAACAACUGAAUACGCAGAUUGUCAGUGUCUCUCUAAACGACAUAUAUAAUCGCUACCAAUGCGACAUGAAAGUUGCAGCAUAGAAGCAACACACAUACCAGACCGCCAUCCUAUGGUCGCCGUUUGAUUAGGUUGAGGAAUCAUCGCAGUUUGGGUUAACUUAAAAAAGAUGUCUUAACCUCCAAUAGAUAGGUUUUCGUAGCAUUUUCACUACAUUGAAUUACAUGUUCCCCUUUGCUAGUUCGCCACAUUAACACCAACCAGUGUUUGCAGCCAUUUGAGUGAAACUAUUGGUAGACACAUGUUUUGGUCAAGUUUAGACAGAGCAGGGCUAAAUAUUCAAAUGUUUCCCCCGUUUACAGUCUUUAUGCUAAGCUAAGCUAACCGACUGCUGCCUUUAGCUUCAACGUGAGGGAGAAAUCCACUUUUUCACGGCGAGAGAGCGAGUGAGCGCAUCUCCUAAAAUGUGAAAAACAAUUUCUUACAUAAAAAAGAAAUGACUAAUUAACAAUUCAAAUCAGGGUCAGAUUGCUAAUUAACAUCGCUGCUUGUUCGACGUAGGCGACGGUUCCCGAUACAAAGCCCGGCUUCAUCACUCAUUUGCCUUUUGUUCCAAACAGCAAGAGAGCCGGCCGUUUUUUCUAAGCACAGAGCGAGCCGGAGCUGGAGGACGGCCACGGAGAGGGCUGAGGGCGUGUGUGUGUGUGUGUGUGUGCAUGUGUGUGGGGGUUGCUCGUGUUUGGUAGCUAAAAAGGAUGAUUCGGCAGAGCAGUGGGCAGAGGAGAGAAAAUAGAGGUGCACGCAUUUGUGUGAGUGUGUGUGUGUGAGUGAGUGAGUGUGUAUAUGUCAGAGGCAGUGUGUAUGAACACACAGUGCCUCCAGCGCUUGUGCAGAGUGUCACAUAGUAAUGUUACUGUACUGAAGUCCCGCAAUUCCAGGUCAGGGUGAGUCUGACUGGAGGAGAGGUCAUGUGACGCCGUGUGAGUCAGAGCAGCACGUAUGGCCUCCGCUCGCUCUCAUGUCAUCAGGCCGAGGUCAGAGCAGUGGAAAAGGAUUCUGUCACAAGCUCAAGUUGUUCAGCUGAAGCGUGGGAAGCUAUUUUCUGAUGCGAUGACCAAUCGUAGCCCCCCGAAACAGUCACAGGGAUGACAAAUCCUCUUCCUGCAAACAUUUUCUUUUUCUGCUCCGCGUCUGACUCAGCCACAUUGUUUGAGCAGUUUUUUUUUUUUAUUUCCACCACACAUUUAAGCCUCGGAGACCAAAAAGAAUAGUUUGACAUUUUGGGAAAUAGAGAGUGUUAAAUGAGAAGGAUCGAUAACCGUUCUUAUAUCUGCUUCUUUAGUAUGAAGCUAAAGCCAGCAGCGGGUUAGCUUAGCUUAGCUUCAACACUCAUAACAGGGAAACAGCUAAUUCUCAUUGGAGUCAUGUCAUCAUUAUGAAGUUGCCUGGCAAGCGGUAGAGGCUCGAUGAAAUCCCUCCACCAGGCGAAGAAAUAGUCCCAUUUAUAACCCCUCUGUACAGACCACACUUUGGUUCUUCUACAGAUUAAACAAUUAAUUAGCUGGCUUUAGAGGUGCAAGUUGCCAGAUUUGGUUAGCCCAGCCUAGCCUCUGUUCCAAUGGCUUCUGCAACUAAGUGCUGUAUGUUGAAAACAUGAAGCAAGUUCACCUGAGGUUCUCUCUUCACCGUCAGAGAUGAAUCAGCAUUCAAUGCAGCAUUAGCUGCAAGGAUCUGAAACCGUAGUGAUUUUAAAAAAAAAGGUUAAUGCUGAUCGCUUCAUGAACAGAGAAAGCUGCCAUUGAAAUAAAACCCUUUAAGUACAUCCAAGAAGUCCCAGUUCCACUUGAGCUGUCUUCACAGAGCUAGGCUAGCUGUCUCCCCAUGUUUCUAGUCUUAAUGCUAAGCUAAGCAGAAAAAAAAUCCAAACUAUUCCUUUAAGUUGAUUGAAUUCCUGUGUCUCAUCCGCAGAGCUAUUUGAAGCGAUGGUCAGAGUGCAACCUGCAGUGACAGGCAGGAAAUAACUCGGUGUUACUAAUCCAGGAACUACCUUCUCUCUCCGACCUUUCUCUGAACCGUUGUAGGAAAUAGCUACUUUAUAGAAAAGGAAAGCAGUUGCUUGUAAUUCCUUUGCAAGAUGCAGCUUCCGUCAAAGAGAGUUACAACUGCAAAAGAUUUGCCAGCAUGCAUACAUAUCAACACACACAUACACACACACACUGAUGUUGUCCUAGAGUUGUCUGACAGACACUAUUUUUUAUCAUCAUUGUUUUAUUUUUUCCAAUCAUUCCAUAGCUGGUUGGGCGUACAAUCAGAGACAGUCGGCCUGAAUUGCCUGUUCGACUGACAGUUUGAUUGGCCGGUCAUUAGUUUGCCUUAUAGUGGCGUAUAUUGUGUUAAUGCUGGUCUUUGGGGGUGAUCAGAUCAACAGAAUGAACAGUGUUAAAGCAGAACACACGGCUCGAGAUGGAAAUCCACUGGUGUUGUGACGCAAAGCGAGCCCGGUGAAAUGGAUUUCAGGUCAGGUGGGGAGAGUUGAGGCUCCUCACCGGCUGACCUCUGAAAUCACGCAUCGCUGAAUCAGCUCUGAGCCCUUCCUGAGACUCAUCUUUUUGUGUUCUGAUCUCCUGUGUAUGCAUACAGUAUAUGUAUCUUUUUGCCUUGAUUGAUUAUGAAGAAAAUAUAUCUAUUUUUUGUAACUGUUCUCUGAUGUGCCAUAACUCAUGUUUUCUUGCACACUGUUAAUAUUUUGUGGAUAUUGCUGUUAAAAAGAUGAUAUUGAGAAGUAGAUAACAUUAAUAAAAAGAUGAUAUAAUAACAAA